AUGACUUCGUUGGAUGUCCUGCAUUUACGUGCUGCAAGAAGUUUUGGCCACCGUCCUUGCAUUUUGAUCGCCAAAGUUUUAAGUAUUGUACUCUUGGAUGCCUCAGACGUCUCCGAAAAGACUGCCUCCCAACUUUACCUGUUCUCUGAACGCAGGCUGAUCGAGUAUGCAGGCGCAUGUCGUUCUCUUCAGCGACAGCUCAGUAUCCUUCAUGAUGAAAAGGAGGCCGCUGUGCUUGCACUUGAGCGUGAACGUGCGAGGUCGCAACAACUAGGCGAGGAGGCCCAAAAACUUCAAUCUCACCUCGACAUAAUUCGUCAGGUGUUACGUGACAGUGACUUAGAUCAGGCCAAACAGCGUCUCGCUCAGUUGGAGUGGAAUAUUUCUGAUUGGCCCCCUACCUCACCUAGAGACAGACGAAGGGAACAUUCUGCCGGUUCCUUGCUAGAUCCUGGAAAUGCCUCCUCAAGUUCUGACACCGGCGACAACAGCGAGUCCCAUACCCUUCACUCAGUGAUCACGAUCGAGGUUUUCUUUCUUGAGUCGUUAGCAGCCCGUCGCUCUUUCUACAUAUUUGGUGCCUUUGUGCAACUUCUCGUGCCCUUGAUCGGCGAAGUAGUCUUUCGCGUCUACAACUGA